AGGUUUCAGUGAUCACCGUGCCUACCUGGACUGGGGAGGGUGUGUGACGGUGUGGAGGGUGUGUGACGGUGUGCAGCUGGAAAGACAUGCCAAAUGUGGAACCCGUUUGUCUGCUUUAGCGGAGAGUAUGCUUUCGCUGACUGAGGCACGGAGUAGGCAGUCCUACAGGAGUAAACGUCAGAAACCGAUAACACUGUGUCGCAACUCUCUCACAUUGGCGGUUAAACUCUUCAAUGGCUGAAUAACAAGAGCAAACCCAGUCAAAAUUGCCCAAUGGAGCCUAAGCCUGGUCACCGGAGAAGAAGGAGCCUGUCUGAGGGGCUGAUGCUGGAUGAAUCAGAAAAAGGAGGAUUGGUCAUCUCCAGCAUUAUCGGUGGCUCUUCUGGCAAUCACGGGCUCAAAGAAGGAGAUGAAAUUGUGGGUGCCACGAUCAACUUUGACCAACUUUCGAAAGACGAUGUGUUGAAAAUACUGAAGCUGAUGGAUGAUAAUGGAUUUGAUGAGAAGGUUCAAGUUCUAACGAAAAAUUAUUUGAGCAAGAGUAUGGGGACCUUGGACAGCAUCAAAGCACCAGAGGAGAUGCUGAAGGAUUCAUAUAAUAGACUCUACAAUGCCAAAAUAAAUAGGUUCAUGACAGAUGACAGCCCUGGACAACCUGCAGGUGCUGGGGAAAGAGGCUCCCAUAAUGGACAGGUGAAGGGCAAGGGACCGGGAUCUCUCUGGGACAAGCAUAAAGUGAAAGAUGACCUCAAACUCCCUGUCCUCAACACAGAUUACCCAGUUGUGGAGACACCCAAAGUAGAUGCUCCUACCUACCUAGAGUCUCCAGACCUCAAAUUCUCUGCUCCAAAGUUAAAGGUGCCUAAACUUGAUGUCAAAGGCAAGGUACCUGAUGCUCGCGGUGGAGAACUUUCAUUGCCUAAUGCCAACAUUAGUACAUCAGAUCUCUCCCUGCCUCAUUUGAAUGGGUCACUAAACAUUGAUGCUCCAUCAGUUAACCUGGAAAGGCCAAAUCUUGAAACUGAUAUAGAUGCUAUCGAUGUUCUAGAAUUUGAUAUGUCUUUGCCCGAAGUUGACCUCAAAUGCCCUGAUCUUGACCUGAAAGUUAUAGAUCCACUUUCCAAAGUUGUAGGAGAUAUCAAUGUCCCAAAAGCAGAGCUCAAUCUACCAGAGGAGGUUGUCCCUGGACCUACUUUAAAUAUCAAUGCCCCAAUGUUUGAUAUUGAAAGAGGCAAAAAUGUUAAAAUACCCAAAUUUAAGAUACCUGACUUGGGUCUCUCUGGACCCAGAGUAAAUGUACCCAGCCUUGAGGUUGAUACACCAAAUAUGAGGAUCCCAAAUAAAGAUAUGCUUGGAGUUAAUUUUAAAGGUCCCCAAAGAGACCUACAAACACCAGAUGUUAAUCUCAAAAGUCCUCAUCUAGAUCUGCAAGCCCCAGAUGUCAGCAUAAUGAAUAUGCCAUCAAGUAAAAUCAGAGUCUGGUCCUCCAAAAAACUGAAAACCCCCAACCUUGAUGUGGAUGAUCCCUCUGGUUAUUUUGAAUUGCCUAAGGUUAGGCUCUCUCACACAGUACCAAAAGGACCAAAUUUAGACAUUGAUGCAGUUUUAAAGACACCAAACAUGCAUCUUAAAACCUCUUUGAUUGGUGCUCCUGACCUGAAUGACCCUGAUCUAGAUUUACCUUCAGUAGACCUUAAAGGUUCCAAAAUAGAUAUAGAGUUACCAGAUGCAAACAUUGGUAUCCCAUCUGGGAAGAUCAAAACACUAAGUCUUGGUAUGCCUGACUUUAAUAUAUCUGGACCAAGAGUUCGGACUCCAGACCUGGACCUCUCAGCGGCUGAGAUGUGUCCAUUAGACGUCCGUCUGCCUGACCUCAGUACUCCAGAUAUUGAUAUACCCUCAGGUAAAUUCAAACUACAGGAACCACAUGCAGAACUCAAAGCACCUGAUUUCAAUGUGGAUGCCUCCUCUGGUAAACUGAAGAUGCCCAAAUUUGGGUUAUCUGGCCUAAAAAGACCAGAUCUGGGCAUUGAUGCUGAUGUAAAAACACCAAAGGUAAGUCUCAAAGCUCCCAAGAUAAAAGGUGGGCUUGAUGCGCCUGACUUGAAUUUACCCAAAGUCAACCUGAAAGCACCUAAAUUAGAAAUAAACACUCCAGAUAUUGACAUUGAUGCACCCCCAGAAAAAUUCAAAAUGCCAAAGUUUAAGAUGCCUAAAUUUGCCCUUUCGGGCCCUAAAGGGCCUGAGGUUGGCAUUGAUGGAGACUUGGAUGGACCAGAUCUGAGCUUAUUAUCUUCCAAACGACCAGACUUGGAUGUUGGUAGCCCAUCUGGAAAAUUAAAGAUGCCAAGUUUAAAGGUGCCAGACUUUGGCUUCUCAGGGCCAGAUGUACGAGGGCCUGACUUUGAGGUAAAGAAUCCAGACUUGGAUCUUUCAGCCCCCAAGUUUAAAGGGGGAAUUAGUCCCCCAGAUUUGGAUCUGCCAGAUAGAGACCUCAAAGGCCCCAAAUUAGACCUCAAUAAACCAGAUGUAAACCUUAAUAUGCCCUCAAGUAAAGUCAAAGUACCUACAUUGAAGAAACCAAAGGUUGAUCUGAAUGCUCCUGAUCUGGACAUUAACGGCCCCUCUGGUAAACUGAAAAUGCCCAAAUUUGGGCUGUCUGGUAAAAUGUCAAAAUCUCCCAAAUUAAAUCUUAAAGCUCCAAAGAUGAAGGGGGGAAUUGAUUUUCCAGACCUGAAUUUACCAGAUGCUGACCUCAAAGCCCCUAAACUAGAUGUGAAUGCUCCAGAUUUCGACAUCAAUGCACCCUCAGGGAAAUUCAAGAUGCCUAAAUUUGGGCUGUCUGGUACAAUGCCAAAAUCUCCCAAAUUAAAUCUUAAAGCUCCAAAGAUGAAGGGGGAAUUGAUUUUCCAGACCUGA